AUGUCGAGCAUGUGGUACUGCUGUGGCUGCAACUUCGGCCCUAUCAACCUGGACCACCACGACUCGUGCACCAACUGUGAUCAAGAUCUCUGCUCCAGGUGCCCUCGUGAGAAUUCCUCCGACGGCCACUCCAACCAUAUCACAGGCCUAUCUCAGGAGAUGUCGGCAUAUCCCUGCACUCCUGUUCUCGACGCCAAGUCCCAACACGCCAUUCCACGCCGAGUCAUGGCUGGCACCGGUCUAGGGGAGCUUCCCAGCAUCCCAUCAUUGUCUCGGAGAACACCUAUCGACCCCAACGCACUCUUCAAGGGAGUCGUACAAUGCUACUCGCAGACCUACAUGUGGAUCUGCUGCAUGUGUGGUGAUGGACCCAAGGUCUACAACCACCAGUCCAAGUGUGUGAUGUGCAACCAUGAAGCAUGCUCGAGCUGCCAGAACGUGAAGUAG